CUGUAUUUGAGUUCUCAAUAGUAACAAACACCACUUUUCAUUUAUCUUGCAAUUUCAUCAAAUUUCAAGGGAAGGGAAGUUUCAAAACACAAGAAAAAAAAACAACAAAUGCCAAGGGGCAAGGGAAUUGAGUUAGGUAAGGCUUUGACCUCUGAAACGGGAAACUAAAUGCCCAUGUAUCUGUCAACUGACGCAAGUGACAGUCCGACGUGGCGCAAUACUGUCACGCUAAAGCGAGUCAAAGAAACAGAUACUCUCUGUCUUGCUGGGACGAGAAUGGCUGGAUUCCACUUUCAUGCUCGCGUUACCGUUACGGCGUCAGCCAGCCGUCAGUCCCCCGGCUUUAAACCCUAAUAAAACCGAUCAGCAGCGGAAUCCGGGGAAAAAAAAAUUGACGGCUCUGAUGUCAGAGAGUGUGUUCCGGUGCGGUCGCGCGUAGGGUGUACUCCUGCGCAAUUACCAAAUCAGAACGGUUGAGGAUAACAGUGGAGCGGCUUUGGGGGUUUAGGGGAGGAGAAAAAGGAAAGCAAAAAGAGGAAAAGCCCUCUCUCUUUCUCGUUUUGGGACUUGGUGAAGAGUGAUUACUGAAAAAAGCCUCAGCUCUCUCUUUUUCUCUGCGUCGCCUGCGUAGAUCUGAUCUCCUCCUUUCCCGUAUCCCCCUCCCGCCGCCGCCGCCGCCGCGUUCCUACUCUCCGCCGCCACGGUGGUGCUUACUCAGAGCUCCGUUCAUCCGUCGUCUUUCUGUCUGUCCUUUGUUCCGUUAUUUUUUUUUAAUUAAUUUCUUUCUUGUCGCAAAACCCCUCGCGCGGCUCUUUUUUUUCUUUUCACGUAUAUAUAUAUAAAUAUAAGUACCGCAAUAAACCCUAAGGAGGGUUUUCUGGUUUGACGGGCGCCGCACCUCUCCCGACUUCUCCACCUUAUCUACCGAUCCCUUCCGAUCUACCAGCGAGCCGGAAUUCUUGGUUUUGUUCUCUCUCUCUUUUGUUGGUGGAGGAGGAGGAGCAGCAGCCACACCGCUAUAGCUAUGGCCGCUCCGUACCCGGGACCCGUCUCUGCUAUUCAGGUGGGGUCGUACUUUGUUGGUCAGUACUACCAAGUUCUUCAGCAGAAGCCCGAUCUCGUUUAUCAGUUCUACUCCGAAGCCAGUACCAUGAUCCGCGUAGAGGGAGAUGACAGCGAGACUGCCUCGACAAUGCUGCAUAUCCAUAAUAUUAUCAUGUCUCUGAAUUUCACUGCCAUAGAGAUCAAGACCAUCAAUUCUCUCGACUCUUGGAAUGGAGGUGUUAUGGUGAUGGUUUCUGGCUCCGUUAAAACCAAGGAAUUCAGCGGCAGGAAGAAGUUUGUGCAGACUUUUUUCCUGGCUCCUCAGGACAAGGGUUAUUUCGUUCUCAAUGAUAUUUUCCAGUUCAUUGAUAGUGAAAUCAUCUACCAGCAGCAUCCUGUUUCUACUACACCUGAAAACAUCUACCAACAGCACUCAGCCCCUAGCACCGCUGAACACAUCUACCAGCAGCACUCAGCCCCUAGCACAACUGAACACAUCUACCACCAGCAUCCAGAUUCAGCGGCUCCUGAGUCAAUUUAUCAGCAACACAUAUCAGAGGAUACUUUUGAUCCUCAUCAAAAUGCUUCUGCUAGUCUCCUUGAGCACCCAGUGUCUGACUACGCUUUGGAGGAAGAAGCUAGAGAUUAUGUGAAUUCGGUUCACAUAGAAGAUACUCCAGUUGACAAGUACAGCAUUCCAGAACUUCAACAUCAAGACUUCGAGGAUGAUAUCCCUGUGGAUGAAACAGUUGAGGAGGAGACACCAUACCAGGGUGCUGUGGAAGUUGUGCACGAACCUUCAGCAUCUGCAGUGGAGGAAGCUGAGGGAGAACCACAAAAGAAAACUUAUGCAUCUAUUCUAAGAGUUGCCAAGGGGCCAUUUUCAUCAGUAGCUGCUCAGCAACCUGUUACUAAGAGUGCCCCAGCUUCUUCUGAUUGGAAUCAUAUGUCGGUGCCCAAUGCCCAGCAGUCAGGCGCAGGGUUGUCAGUUUUGCCCGAGGCUGCAAAUGAUAAAGCAGAUGACGGUUUGGAACUUGAUGAAGGUGAACCUAAAUCUGUUUAUGUGCGCAACUUGCCUUCUGAUAUUAGUGCUGCAGAAAUCGAACAGGAGUUCAGAAACUUUGGUAGAAUCAGGCCUGAUGGUGUCUUCGUCAGGAACCGAAAAGACGUAAUUGGUGUGUGCUAUGCUUUCGUCGAGUUUGAAGACCUUGCGAGUGUUCAAAACGCAAUAAAGUCAUCUCCCAUACAACUGGCUGGGAGACAAGUCUACAUCGAGGAACGGAGACCGACUGCUGGGGGCAUUGGCGCUCGUGGCGGAAGAGGAAGGGGAAGGGGCAGAGGUGGGUACCCCAUGACCGAUGCCCCGAGGGGCCGCUACGGUGGUGCUGGCGGCCGUGGUUUGGGCAGAGCGGGUACCCAAGAUGGCGAAUACAACAACAAUAGCAGUAGAUCGAGGGGCAAUGGUUACUCGCAGCGCGUGUCGCGAUGAACCGGAAGUGGGAUGAGAUGGGAUGGUUUGGCCUAGCUAGAAUCUGAAGCUCUGCUCUUGAGUUGCUCCGUUUCUUGAUUGGAACAGUUUGUUUCACAAUCAUAUACACCGGCUGAAACCCAUGUUUUUUUUUUUUGGUCUUGUCUUUUUGGUCUUGGCGGAGGCUGUGGUGUAUUUGGUCAAAUCUUUGUUUGUGUGGGAUUCCUUAGAAACUCUUUUACUUGCUUUUAAUUAGUACCCCGAGUGUUGCUCUGUUUUUGGUUGAUGGCGGUGUUUGAGAUGCAUGAUAUUAUCUCCUCCUUUGAGUACAUUUUUUCCAUUAAUCUAAUUCAAGUGGGAGAUUCUUUCUACCUUAAGUUGUUGAUUAGUUUUUACUAACACUAUUCAGUAAAUGUAUUUGCACACAAACCACAUUGUUUUCUGUCGCACAAAAAGCUUUCAGGUGCCUUUUCGGUGAGAUUAGAGCACCCACAUUAAUAAAAUUGUAAAAUUAAU